AUGGCCUGCAUCAUCGCCCUUGUCGUUCUGGACCGAGUCGUCACUUCUCGAAAUGGCCUACCACUCACCAUCUCUACCAGCUCAUACUCGUGGACCUACGGCCCAACUGCGAUCCUCAUCGUUAUUCUCAGUCUCUGGAGGCGUGUCGAUUACCACUUCAAAGCGAUCCAGCCAUGGUGUGAGCUGUUUGCUGGACCGUCUCCAUCUUCCAAGUCAAUUCUGCUCGACUACACCACCCCGUUUCAAGCCGUAAGCAUCACGAAAGCUCUGAAGCACCGCCAUUACUCCGUUGCCUCGACGAUCGCUGCGUUUUUCCUCCUCAAAUUGGUUAUUCUUAUCUCAACUACGCUCUUUGUCAUGAGGGAACCCUACCUCACUGCCCUUGACUUCAAUGCAUUUGCCGAGGUCCUAUGGAACACUCUAGAGCUACCCGCUAAUUCUCUCGUGGUUGUGGACAAGGUUCCUACUCUCAAAGCAGCAGCCGAUCCCGCAAGAGGACCCGUACCUGGGGCUGAGGCUGUGCUUUUUCAGCUCAUGUAUACACAGCUGGGGCAACCAACCAAUCUAGAGAUCCUCUACGAAAGAGCAACUCUUAAGAAUGCCAGCAUCUCAGUCUUGGAGGGCGUCGCUAGAGAGUUUGCCCGGCAAUCACUCCUUAUCCCAAAAGCGCGAGUGGCUAACGUUGGGGGUAUGAAGACUGAGAAUCGACUGUAUAUGAGGCGCCUGGCAGUCUGGAUCAUGGCAGGAUGUUUUUGUCUAUUGGCCAUAAUUUGCCUGCUAUUGUUUUGGUUGGCUCGUCCUGUUUCCCGGAUCCCUGUCAUUUCGGCCUCUAUCACCGGCCAUGCGGCUAUACUCGCCAACAGUCCGGACGUACAGGCUGCCCUGGCUGGUACUGGGCAUCUGUCUGAGUCUGAGUUGAACAAAAAACUCUCAGGAUUAGAGUUUUCCGCUGUCAAGAACCAAUCUGGAUGCUUGCGGCUCCGUAUUGAUACGGCAUCUGCAUCCUUCAGUCCUCCAUCCUGCCCGCAGCCAAAGGCCAAGUUGAAGAAACACCGCUGGCUUCCCCUCGCUGUUCGUCUACCAGUCAUUGGAAUCACCUUUACUGCACCGUUUGUUCUGAUCGGGAUUAUCGGGUUUCUACACCGAUUUAUGAGAGACAAGGAUCAUCUCUUAGCAGUCGGUGCCAAAGACUCCGUCGCCUCAUCGUACAUCAUCCGGCUCGUAUCUACCUUGGUGGUCUUUGGUCUGGCCACGAUGAUCAAUAAUCUCGACUUCACCAUUGUUACUUUUGCACCCUACUCGAGCCUUCGAUCAGGAAGUGUCUCAGCAGAACGCAGUAUUCUAUUUCAUCUGCUCUCGGUAAAUCCCUUCCUAGUUCUAUUCAAAACACUUCAGCAUGGCCAAUUUGGGGCGACGGCAUCCAAUGCUGCAACUCUUAUCGCUGGGGUUUUGACAAUCAUCGUGUCUGGUCUUUGGGUGCCUAUGGACUCUCGUGUUGUCGACCAACCCACAACAGCCUCUGUUGGCAAUUGGGAUAUGGCUUGGAAUUGGGCUGAACUUGAUUCGGAAUGCGGUGCUGUCACACCCGCUACAAUCUGGGAAGAUCUUGUAGUACCUCGGGUCUCUCUCGCACCCAAUGGAACAUACGAGGCUUAUCGUCAAGUCAGUAGUACCUUUGAUGUGCUUGCUCUUCAGCCGGUCCUCAACUGCACCGUGCUACCGCAAAGAGCCAUUUCCGCGCCUUCUUGGAACUACCAGGUAGAACGCGGUAGAAUGGGCCAGUUUGUUCCGAUACCAGGGACGAUGGUUAUGGUGAAUCCUCCAGGGAUCAAGCCAAAAUGCUCUUUCACACCACCAAACAACAGCUUCGCGGACUUCAGGUUCAGUAACACAUAUGAAACCCAGAACAGGAUAUGGGUCGGACAGUACAUCGACCUUAACAACUCGACCGCUGGUCUAGUCAACAAUAACUGUCCGUCGAUCGGCAUGUUCUUCGGUCUCGUCAACAACACCCAGACUGAUGGGAGGAAUCUGACAGGUCUAUUAUGUAGCCAGGGGAUCAACCAAGUUCCGGUGACCAUCAAGUACCAAGGCGAUCCGGCCCUUGGAAAAAUCAGUAGCCUUCAGUUGCGAGGCCAGCCACAAGCUUUCGAGAACAAGACCAGCGGUUCCCAUACUCUGGGCCAUAAACUCCAGGAAUUCAUAGGAUCAACGUUCCUCAACUUCGCCAGAAACGACCCAGAGUACCAAUACGACAACUUUUUCAACCAACUAGUCAUGCGCCCUGAUGGAUACUCGCGAGAAGACCUCCUCGGUCCCAAUAAUGCCAACAAGUUGAUUAGAGCCGUUACGGGGGACUACUGCGAGUACAUGAGGCACAUCAUCGACCGCAAUCUUCGAGCAAGCAACACAACCUCUCGAACCAACUUGUUGAGUGCCACAGAUGGCAAUUCGACAACAUCAUCUGACACAAUGACGAUUGGCUCGUACACGGCGGAGGUGACACACCUUGUCAUCGACGGUACCUCGAAACUUAUCCUUCAGGUUCUCUUUGCCGCCAUGACCGGGCUUAGUCUUCUAGGCUUUCUUCUAGUCAAGAUACGUGGAACUUUGCCAAGGGAUCCAUGUAGUAUUGGAAGCAUAAUGACUCUACUGGCCCACUCGCAAUUAUGUGACAGGGAACUCGGGGUCAUCCCUCAGAAUGCAGAGCAUAUGAGCGAAAGCCAGCUGAGGCAAGCAUUUGAUGGGUGGGUGUUUAGCCUGGGAUGGUGGCAUCGCGAUACGCAAGGUGAAAAUGAGGCCUCAGCAGAGGUAUAUGACUCAAGUUCCUCGGGGAAUGCUUUGAGCAGCGUGAGUUUGAAAGCAGGUCAAAGCGAGAAGCGAUUUGGUAUUGACAUUGGGAGAGACAGCUGUUGA